GAAGAAAAACUAAUGUAAUACUAAUAAUAAUAAAACUCCACUGAAUUGCCUAUAAAUAUUUGGUAUUGCAUAAGCCAUUUUGACUAGGGUAACACACUCACAAGCUUUUCUAAGGAAUUUUGUUAAUUCCUCUUCUUCUUCUUUAAUUUUAGCCAUACUAGCUUUCUUCUUCUCCAUAUAAGACUCCUCUAUCUGCAAAAAAAACCACCCUUCCUUUUAAACACAUAACAAAGCCAUGGCAUUCUUAGAAGGCCUUGGCCAUUUCUUUCAAAAUGCAAUGCCUUACAUAGCAGUCAUCUCCCUCCAAUUCGGCUACGCCGGAAUGAACAUCAUCUCUGCCAUCUCCCUUGACCGUGGUAUGAGCCACUACGUCCUCGUCGUCUACCGUCACGCCUUUGCCACUGCUGUCAUGGCGCCCUUUGCUCUGGUACUCGAGAGGAAAGUAAGACCCAAGAUUACAUUUAAGAUUUUCAUUCAGAUGCUCGUUCUUGCUCUUCUUGGGCCACUGCUUGAUCAAAACUUAUACUACAUGGGGCUACAAAUGACAUCUCCAACCAUCUCCUGCGCCAUAGGCAACAUGCUUCCUUCAAUGACAUUCGCCAUGGCUGUCCUUUGCAAGAUGGAGAAGUUGGAGUUGAAAAGAGUCAGAAGUCGGGCGAAGUUGUUUGGAACACUGGUGACGCUAGGGGGAGCUAUGUUGAUGACAUUUUACAAAGGAAGUGUCAUCAACUUCUUCGGGACAAAGCACGGCCACCAACCGAGCAUACCGUCCACGGCGUUGCUCAACCACCACAAUGGCGGAGAGUUCAUCAGAGGCUCCAUUUUGCUCAUCAUCUCCACCGUGGCUUGGGCGGCCUUUUUCAUUCUCCAAGUCAUAACCUUGAGAAAAUACACAGCCCAUCUUUCUCUCACCACCAUGGUUUGCUUUUUGGGAACCCUUCAAGCCAUUGUUGUCACCCUCGCCAUGGAACGCCGCCCCUCCGCAUGGACCAUCGGCUGGGACAUGAACCUUCUAGCCGCCGCAUAUGCAGGGAUUGUGACCUCGGGGGUGGCAUAUUAUGUUCAAGGUUUGGUUAUGAAGACAAAAGGGCCAGUUUUUGUUACAGCUUUUGGCCCUAUGGUAAUAGUUAUUGUUGCCUUCAUGGGCCAUUUCAUCUUGGCUGAAAAGAUUUAUGUUGGAGGGAUAAUUGGAUCAGUGGUGAUUGUAAUAGGGUUGUACUCUGUUUUGUGGGGAAAGUAUGAGGAAAGCAAAGAGAAAGAAGUUAUUGGAGAAAUUGUUGAAUUACCAAUGGAAGGUGAAGAUCAAUUACCUAUAAGAAAUGAAGCCAUUGAAGCAAUUCAAAAGAAAGAGGCUUCAAGACAAUCAGCCAAAUCAAGAAUUUAAAAAAAUGGAGAGUCUUGAUGAACAAUAACAAACAAAUGGUCAAGAAAUUAAAAAGGGGAGGAGGAGAAUAUUGAUCAAACACUCCUUUUUUUCCAGUCAUCCAUCUUUUUCCUUUUAACUUUAGAUUCUUUCUCUCUCUUUUUUUGGCCGAAUAUGUGGGAACUUUUCCACAUGUUAUAUUAUAAAAAAAAUAUAAAACAAUCAGGGAGAUCAAACUUCUAAUUUCGAGAUUGAUCGUAUAAAUUUAUGCCGAUUGAAUUAAAAUUAAUAAUAUAGAAAAAAAUGAUAAAAUGUUUGAAGUAUAAA